UAGGGAUCCCUGGACCAGACGGCUAAAUGUGUGGUUGGAUUGAGUUACAUGAAAAGCACAUGGCGCUGUCGCAAAGUUUCAUGUCCUCACAGCAGCUGGGACACCAAAACAUUGGUGAAAAGAGCAAAAGCGGACCUUCCAAGCCCUACUAGGUGCAAUGGCGAUGCUGGACGUGUUGAUCAUUGGGGGUGGGCCUCACGCCUUGACCCUGGCCAGCAUGCUAUCACCCUCGUACCCCAAACACAACUCAAAUCCAAGACAGCGUACAGUAGAAGGGGACCUCACCAAGUCCACACGAGCAGAAGGCGUCAUUCGUCCGCCAGACAUCAAUCUGCAAGUGGUUGACGCCUAUGGCGAGUGGACUUCUUUGUGGAAGAGUCAAUUCACAGCACUAAAUAUCCCCCAUUUGCGCUCGCACACACUGGUGCACACGGACCCUGUCAACAAGAAAACACUACAGGAGUUCGUGUUAAAGCACAAUCGUUCGACUGAGCUUCAUAGUCUCCCAGACCGGGUGCUCAUUCUGGAUGACAACGCUUUUUUCAAUGACACGCGGCUCGGCAGGAAAGAGAGAAAACGUCUGAAUGUCUCUUCCAAUCUCAAGAAUAGUUUGUCCUUCAGUCUGCCAGGAACUGAACUCAGCGUGGAUUUCUUUAAAGAUCAGGUGGAGAGAUAUAACUUGAACAAAGUGCUUGUGAAGGGAACUGUUACUCGCAUCACCGCAGUGACUGAACGCGAGCAAAUGUGCCAAGAGGACAGCACAAUACAUGAAGAGGCUUUAAGACAAGGAGGUGGGAGGAGGAAGAAAAGAGUCAAAUAUUUCCAAGUCCAACUUGAAGAUGGCGCCGUGCUCAAAGCUCAUCGGGUGGUUAUGGCAACAGGGCCCACCCGCGCCCAGAUGGCAAACAUCCCGCAGUGGGUGACUGAUAUCGAGGAGAGCUAUCCAGAAGAGCUUCUGCAACACACUGUGCACCUCAUGCACGCUUUAUCAAGGACACAGCAAAACUCUCAAGACAAUGACAGGUCGUGUGUGGUGUGUGAGGCAGGCCAGAGAGUAAUGGUCGUUGGUGGAGGUCUGACCAGUGCUCAUGUCGUCUCCAUCGCGCUGCAGAAUGGAGCCAGUCAUGUGACAUGGGUCAUGAGAAAGCACCUCCAGUUGAAGCAAUUUGAUGUGGGUGAUGUGGAGAGCCUGGUGGGUCGUUACUCCCAUGUGGAGCAUGGCAUCAAGAUGGAUGGCCAAGCCUUCCUCAGGCAGUUCUUUAAUGAAAGAAGUCUUCACAAGCGACUGGCUAUGAUUCGUCAGGCAAGGAAAGGAGGUGCCGUCACCCCAGAGGCCUACAUCCAAUUACAGCCAUUUAUUUUGAAAGGACAGGUGACUGUGAAGACGUAUUGUCAGGUGAGGGAAGCCAACUGGUGCUAUAGGAAUCAGGCCUGGAGAUUGUCCCUCAGCGAUGGAGACCUUUGGACAGGAGAUACGAUUUGGUUGGCCACUGGGUGUAAACUUGAUGUCAAACAGGACCCUUUGCUUUCUGAAGUGAUGAAGGAAUUCCCUAUUCAGGUACUUGAUGGCUGGCCAUGCAUAUCAGAGAGUUUACAGUGGACAGAGGGAUGCCCUCUAUACUUGAUGGGGCAGUACACUGCUCUUCAGAUUGGACCUCAUGCAGUAAACCUGGCAGGUGGACAGGCAGCCAGUAUGAGAAUUGCCAAGCACAUCCUGCACCAUCACAACAACUUGGAGGUGACUGAGCUGAAAGCCGGAAGAUCCAAAACUGAAGAAUAUAUUCAGCAAAUGCAAGGACUUUUAUGGCUCUAACUACAACAUGGAUGCAAGCAUGUUCCUCAAAGGACCCAUAAGGUAGUGAUUCACAUAGGUGACCUUUUGCAGAGCUUUUCAGUCACCCUGACACUACCGAUGUACCAUCACAUGCAACCUAUUUUGCCAUUUAUGUGUUUUUUUUUUAAUUGUUCAUUAUCCAUGCUUAUAUCGGUAAAAUUUAACCUGAAGCAGCCUCAGUGUGCAUACGCUUUUUAACACAUGCAUAAACUUUUUAACACAUGUACAAAAGAAUGACAUUUCAAAAUUUCCGUACCAUUUUGGGUCACAUUCAGAAAAGGCAUAAAUCUCUGGGUGAUCAUUGGGUCAUUGAUUUUUUUUCAUUGCUUUCAAAUGCGAGUGUCACUUCUCAGUUCAGGUUCUUGGUGUAGUCCUUUUCUGUCUUUUGUGUAACUGUUUGAAGCAUGAAAAGCAGUUUUUCCAAUUCAUGGUGUGAUUAAAAUCUGAAUUGUCACCCGACUUUGUUGCACAUGACAGAGAUAUGCAUUGCAAAUGAUUACAGUGUACACAACACCAAGGUUACAAAUACUCAUUCGAACACUUGAUUAUUCACUGUUCAGUAAAAUAGAGCAGAUGUGUCAAACUUUAUGUCACAGGCAACCUUGUAAUUAUGGUCCCCCCUGGCAGCAGGUGGGGUACACCCUGAAUUGGUUGACAGCA